AUGGUAGGGGCUUUGUCUGUUGUGGGUUCGUCAAUCGUGGACUCGCAUACUUCUCCAUGCUUGUGUUUGGAUGCACUGCCGACAACUGCUAUGAAUCUCAAGAGUGGCGGAGAAGUGGUUUUGCAAAGGAAUUCAAUGGCCAAUAAGAAGCGUUUGGUGAAACCGGGUUCCUUGGAAUUGAGCAGUUCAUUUAUUGAUUCUGGGCAUGACAAGCGGCUCUCAAUGAAAGCUCUUCCGGGUAUUGUCAAUAGGAGUAUGAGGAAAAGAAAGAAUAGGAGUUCCGUGAUUGUUAAUGAACUUGCCGGGCAAUAUGAAGACAGUUUCGAGGAUGUUAAGACGCAAAUGCUCAACUAUUUUACGUACAAGGCUGUGAGGACUGUUAUGAGCCAGCUUUAUGAGAUGAACCCAACACAAUAUAGGUGGUUUUAUGACUUUGUUGCAACACACAAGCCUGGAGAUGGGAAGCGAUUCAUCCGUACCCUCGGGAAGGAGAGGCAUGAACUUGCCGAGAGAGUAAUGGUCACACGGCUUCACCUCUAUGGUAAAUGGGUCAAGAAAUGCAAUCAUGCUGAAAUAUAUCAAGAAAUCUCUGAUCAGAACUUGGAGUUGAUGCGUGAACGGCUUAUCGAGACUGUGAUAUGGCCCUCUGAUGACAACACGGAGAAGAUUGGCUGA